GCGUGGCUGCUGGAGCGUCUUUGAUGAGCCCGAAGGUCCCAGGAAGCACCGCUGCUUAUUUCGUAUUUUUUUUAUAGCGAUAAAGACGGAGGAAGCGCUGGAUUCGGAGGUCAGAGGGUACAAAUGAAGAGCGUCAGAUAUUUUUAAAUGAUUCCAGCUCGGCUUUCUGUCAGCGUCAGGGCACUGCGGCGUUGAUAUCGGCGAUGUUUACGGUGCAGCCUGAUGAUAAGUUCCUUUGAGCGGUGGCCAAUAGCUGGAGCCUGUAGCCUUCAGCUGCCUCGAUAUUAGGCAGGAAAACACGAGAAGACACGCUAUAUUUCUUUCAGCUUUGUCGUGGGGGGUGGCGGCAAGCCAAUAAUUGACUCUGGAGCAGGACACGGAGGUAAGGAUAGUAUGGCCAUGACGGGAGGGACUGCAGCUGCCCUUCCCAUGAGCAACCACACCCGAGAGAGGGUGACUGUGGCCAAGCUGACGCUGGAAAACUUCUACAGCACUCUGCUCACCCAGCACGAGGAGCGCGAGAUGAGGCAGAAGAAGCUGGAGAAGGCCAUGGAUGAAGAGGGUUUACCAGAUGAGGAGAAAGUAAUGCGGCGCUCGCAGCACGCCCGUAAGGAGACUGAGUUUUUGCGGCUGAAGAGGACGCGACUCGGCUUGGACGACUUCGAGUCCCUUAAGGUUAUUGGACGAGGAGCUUUCGGAGAGGUCCGUUUGGUGCAGAAGAAAGACACGGGACACAUUUACGCCAUGAAGAUUUUGAGGAAAGCCGACAUGCUGGAGAAGGAACAGGUCGCUCAUAUCCGGGCAGAGAGAGAUAUUCUGGUGGAGGCAGACGGGGCCUGGGUGGUCAAGAUGUUCUACAGCUUCCAGGACAAGAGGAACCUCUACCUCAUCAUGGAGUUCCUGCCUGGAGGCGACAUGAUGACCCUGCUGAUGAAGAAGGACACUCUGUCCGAAGAGGCCACCCAGUUUUACAUCGCAGAGACGGUCCUGGCCAUCGACUCCAUCCACCAGCUGGGCUUCAUCCACAGAGACAUCAAACCAGACAACCUGCUGCUGGACUCCAGGGGACAUGUGAAGCUGUCCGAUUUCGGCCUGUGUACGGGACUGAAGAAGGCUCAUCGCACAGAGUUCUACAGGAACCUGACGCACAACCCGCCCAGUGAUUUCUCCUUUCAAAAUAUGAACUCGAAGAGGAAAGCAGAGACCUGGAAGAAGAACCGGAGGCAGCUGGCUUAUUCCACAGUAGGAACACCAGACUACAUUGCCCCUGAAGUCUUCAUGCAGACGGGAUACAACAAGCUGUGUGACUGGUGGUCUCUGGGAGUCAUCAUGUAUGAAAUGCUCAUCGGUUAUCCACCCUUCUGCUCUGAGACGCCGCAGGAGACGUACAGGAAGGUGAUGAACUGGAAGGAAACUCUCGUCUUCCCACCUGAAGUCCCCAUCUCAGAGAGGGCCAAAGACUUGAUAUUACGGUAUUGCACUGAUGCUGAGAACAGGGUUGGAGCUGUGAGCGUGGAGGAGAUCAAGAGUCAUCAGUUCUUUGAGUCAGUGGACUGGGAGCAUAUCAGGGAACGGCCAGCAGCCAUCUCCAUUGAAAUCAAGAGCAUCGAUGACACCUCAAACUUCGACGACUUCCCUGAAUCAGACAUCCUUCAGCCAGCCAGUGCAACGGAGCCAGACUUCAAAUCCAAGGACUGGGUGUUCCUCAACUACACGUACAAACGCUUCGAGGGUCUGACUCAGCGAGGCACCAUCCCCACAUACAUGAAGGCAGGGAAGGCCUGACACGCUGCCAUCGGGGAGCCGGCGUCGUGGAGAGAAAAACAGACGUUUACGGACACAGGGUUGGGCCGCGGGGCCCCGCUGGUGCUGAAGGCCGCGCUGUCAGCCUCUCAGUUUAAAUUUAAUCCUCAUCACAAGUUAUUUAGGUCUGCUCAGCCGCCGCAAGAACCCGCCAGGAGCUCGGAAAUUAAGGAGCGUUACCGCAUUACCUCGGUUGUUUAUAUCGUAUACAUGUGCCGUCUUUAGCCAUAGCUCUCAGGCCAGCUCACUAACUGCGACACUAAAUCAGCAUAUCUGCAUGUUCAGCAGCAUUUCUGCUUCUGGAGAUGAUUCUUUUUUUUCUUACUGUCUAAAUGCGACGGUCUGAAGGAUGGAAUACAAAUCACUGCUGCGACAUCUUCACAGCAAUAGUUUUGACACUGGUGGCUAAAUUAGCUCUGAUGCAAACAGAAUUUAAAAUACUGAAGACAAGAUGUGUACACUGUAGUCAAACUCUGAAAGAUUAGUAAGAACAGGUACCCCUCACUUGUUCUUGCCCAUACUGUUAUACUCAUUCGUGGAUUGUGAAGGAAAGUUCCACCAUGGUUUCUGUUUUUGUUUUUUAUAGAUGGCAUUUAAAAUCUUAAAGUGCGAAAAAGAAUCUUUAAUUUUUAUGUUUUAGCUGGCAGGAGCAGUUCGUUUUUGGUUUUAUCUGUCUUGACUGGGUUGUGUGUAAGCGGAAGUUGAGCCUGGUACAACCUCAAGCACUGGAGAUUGUGGUGGUGCAAGUUUUUGGUAGCCAGAUUCUAGUUAGCGAAAUGCUUGUGGAUCCCAGUAGAAGCUCAGUCAGCAUUGUUUUCUAGACUGGGCCUGUAGGCACACAUUUAGCCAUGCUAGCAGCAAAGCUCUACGGUUUGGUCCAGUAUGAAACAUCACAACAACUAUUGGACGGACAGAUUACCGUGAAACAUGUAGGUCCCUGAGUGCCGUCGUCAGGUCAGAAUGACUUUGGUUUAUGACCAAAAACCUUCAAUGAUAAUUAGAUAGGCUAAUUAGCAAAAUGCUAGCAUGCUAACAUGCUAAACUAAGAUGGUGAACAUGGUAAACAUCACACCCUGUUAGCAUCGACAUGCUAACAUCUAUAGAGCUGCUAGCAUGGCUGUACUGUAAGAAGUGUAACAGGUCAUUCUUCUAACGAAGCCAAAGGGAGUUCUUUUGAUCUUAAUAAGUAGUGUAAUUCUUUUUGUCUCUUAUUCAGAUUGAUGGAUGAGACUGAAUUGAACACAUCUAUUUGUUUUCAGUAACAGUUAAGCACUAAAAGGAUAGAACAUCUAAAGCAAACAGGCAAAACUUCAAACCAUGCUGGAAUCCUCCUUGAGCCGUCCCGGUGGGUGACACAGUGCGACUUUGUGUCAUCUCUGCUGGGCUAACUCUCCCUGUGGCAUUGCCUCAAGCUCUCACUGUUGCUCUUUUCUCACAGAGGAACAUCUUGUUGCCAGGAAACAUCUGAAUGCAGUUUACCCUGCGCUUGACAUCCGUUACUGUGGAGUGUUGCCCGUUCACUUGUGCCAAACAAAGUGCUGAGUGUGUCACUUCCCUUUUACAGCCAGUUGUUUUUUUUUCAGAUCAGCGCUGCAGUAAUUGAUAUUUCCCCUGAUUUUAAUUCUAAUGAGCCCGAGGGGCCGAUCACUUCCUUCUCGGAUGGACAAAACAUGCAAAGUGCCUUUUUUUUUAAAUAGCUGAUAGAUAUUUAACCAGAUGUUUUAGCGAUGUUAUCUCAUAUGGUUUAUGACUGCGGAGUGAUAAACCAUAUUUGAAGGGAUAAAGGUUACGAAACAGAGUGAUGAGACAAAGGCAGCAUAGAAAAAUGGUUAGAUAAUAAAACAGGGGGCUCAUAAAAACGUGUCAAAGCAAACAUGAUGAACAAAGUGUCUUUGUUUGUCAAGUAAAGGUGAAACUAAAACAGAUAUGAGAAACUAUAUAAGAAUAGAUAGACAUGAUGGAUAUGUUAGACACAUAUAUGGUGUUUGUUUUAGAGGUUCUUAAAUGUUUUUUGUUAAUUAUGAGUUAAGUAUCCAUUGGAUAUAGUUAAUAUCUUUACUCCAAAAACCCCUCACCAUAAAAAAAAAAACUAACCCAGGCCUGUCUUUCUCAACAAAUCUACCAAUUUAACCAUCACGUCUGCUCAGAGUUGUGACUAGACACAGCGCUAAACGUAGUUACCAAAGAACUCUGAUCAUCACACGUCGUGAUCUGAACACACAUUCAGAUGUAGCGCUUGCUUACUGCACUUAACUCAAAACUACCUUUAAAAAAACAAAAACAAAAAAAUACACACACCUUUCCAAGAGAGCUAACCUUGGUUAUGGAAUAAUUUGCCAUUUCUAUUUCUGCACACAGACGUAGGUGUUUCUCAGUUAGCACGUCUGCUGAGUGUCAAAAUGCAAGGAAAAGCUCUAAAUGUACUAACAGGGACAGGAAAUGUACCGAUGACUUGGACUAAGUUCUGCUGUAGCCAUGACAGGAAUCCCAUAUUUAAAUGUUUGUGGUGCUAUUUCUGGGGAGCUGAUCGAGAAAGUGGUCAUGCAGUUUGAUAAAUUAAAGAGUAGAGUAGAUAUAAAUUAUGAUUAUACAUCCGUAAUUCAUCCCGGUGGUCCUAUUGAAAUUGGGCCAGAACUACAUAAAGAAAGAAAGGGUUGUACAAACUAAGGUUGACUGAUGUGUAUAUUUCUACAUUUAUUUAUUAUUUUUCAUGUUUUUAAGGCUGUUGACAUUUUGUGCUAAUAUUCAGUGGAUUUAAUCAAAUUAUUUUCAUGUCAAUUGGAUUUCUUUAGAAUUUUAAAGGGGCACUCCAGCGAUGUAGUGUUGCAUUUCUGUAAAACUCGGGGACUCACAAGAGACAAAUUUGAAGAAGAAUGUCAAAACUGAAGCAUCAGAGGCUGCUUUAUCAGGAUUUUGUCCCUAUUUAGUAUGGCUAAAGCCCCAAGAACAGUGAAUCCUACACUUCCCAUAAUGCAACUUGAAAUCAACUUUUAGUCAGGUCUCCCUGUCUAAUAAAUGCCGAUGACUUUCAAACUUGGCCCUUGCUUGUAACAUAGGCUUUCUGUUACAAUUGUGUAGUAGCUGACCCUAAACCAAGAUAACCCUUAUGACAUCAUGAUGAGAUCACUAUGGUUAUUGAAACUCCCUCCAGAGCCAUAGAAGACCUAACUGAACUGUUUUGACAGGCUGAAUAGUACUCCUCAUAAGAAGUAAACUGAUCUUGGUGUGAAAAAUCUGUGUACCGCCCCUUUAAUUACUGACACAAAAUGUCUAGAAACAUAUAGUCAAACAGUCUGCAUCACAUCAGAUAAACAACCGAUUGGCCGGUAUUUUCCCCCACAAUAAAAAUCCAAAUAUAUGAUUCUUCCCCAAAAACAGAUGUAAUCAAAGUUAAGACCGGGCUGCAUGACAGGAUUUUAUGGAUGGCUACCGCUGCAGAUUCCCGGCUGUGUCUAAUCACUGGAAACACACAGACACAACCUGGGAAAAAAAGCCAAACUGCUGUAUUCAGAGCGUCCUGUUUCACAGCCAAACCGUUACGAUUGUUCAUAAAUAUAUAUGAAAAAAAAACAAACUAGAGUGCGAGCAAGUGUGACUGUGUGAAUGCAGCUGUUAGGCGUUUUCAUGAAGUAGAUACUCAGUGCUUUUUGUCGUGAGGUGCUGUGUGACUUUGUUUAAUGUCAAACUCAUGUCGCGUCUUGUCAUAGAUCACACUGUUUGUUCUCUGGAGUAGGCGCGCAGGAGAAAAUGAAAAAUGAGGGUAAAUAUGGAUCCAUACAGUUGUACAUAUGUACAAGAUGACUGUGCCACUUCAACAAAAGGGAGCUCAAUUAUUUUGACUCCUUCAGAUUGAGACAAGUUCAGGAAACGUUUAAUUUUUUUAUCAUGAGUCAAGCUAGACAAUUAAUUUCUGAUGGACCAAACCAGCUUAUCGACUGUGUUGUUAGUCAGAUCCAUGUCAAAUAAUAUUUCAUGGCUGAUGUUUAGAGAGUUACUUCCCUGAAGGUAUAUUUCUUCUUUUUUUUUUUUUUUUUUUUUUAAAAAAAAAUUUUU